AUGUCACUACUUCUACGGCCAAUAGUAGCGUGUAUUGGCCAAAGAUCAACUUUAGCCAUUAGGUUUAGCUAUAUCGCUAUACGUUGCAAAAGUGUUCAAGCACAAGUGUCUACAACGACCACGGUUAUAACAUCAAGUACAAGCAAGAAUGUAAAACCUAAAGAAAUUGCAGUUGCGGUAGUGUCAAUAUCUAAACAGGGAGCCGUAAAAGCUUCGCGGAAAGCGAAGAAGAAGAAGAAGAAAGCUGCUGCGAAAUCAAAGAUUAUCCGAAAAGAACCCAAACCAUCGAUGAAAAACGUCAAGCCACCAGUUAGUGGCCCUGGAAAGCCAGUAAGGGGUCAGAAACUAACAAUUAAGGAGGUCAAACUGCUAACCAACGACGAAAACCUACCAGCUAAAAAAACCAAUUCAAAAAUACCGAAACAACCAGUAAAGGAGCUUAAACUGCUAGAUGAAGAUCACAAACCACGAGCAAAAACGCCUAAACCUUUGCCAAAGAGAAAAGCUAUUGUGAAAGUGACCAAAAAGUUAUCCAAACCUCUGGCCAAGCCCCCAACACGGCCAAUACCAAGUAAAAUUAAACCAGUAACAUCGAAGGUAAUUAAAGUAGACGCCGAUAAUCCGCUCAGCAAAGAGACUCAAGUUUCAACAAACUUGUCUCACCAAACACCAUUAAAUUCGUCGCCCAAUGGUGAAACUCAAGGAUCCACCAUAGUAAAGUCAAAAUCAUCAAAGAGUGAUGCUGCGACGGAAGCAACAAGCCAGUUUUUGUCUCCAUCUGAAGCAGCGAAAAUUGUCUCCACAACGUCAACCAACCAGAACGAUAUCGCUCUGGACACGAAUGUGGAUUCAAACUGUAAAAACACGUUUUUUUAUUACUCAUAUCUUGUUGAUGAGACCACUGGAGUAGCGACAGACCUCCCUUCGGUUAAAGUUGUUGACAGCGGCAACGAUAAAUCGAAAAACUCAAUUCCCGAUACAACCACAGCAACCAAAUUGGAUCCGAAAUUGGUAACGCCCGUCAAUUGGUCAACAUUCCUAUAUGACGUAUUCGGCACCUCAUCGAACAACCAAGUGGUUAAGUUGAUCCAACCAUCGAAAUACGAGAGCCGGGUUGAUGAAUAUUCAUAUGAAACAAUUAGGAGCAAAAAAGGGUUGGAAAUGAAGAGAAAUAAGCCCAAUAUAAGAGGGUUUAAAUUUAUAAAUUAUGAUGUUUUGACUGAGUUGGGCGUGGGGAAUUAUCAAUUUGAUAAUAAGCUCGAGUCAAACGAAGCUACUGUGUUUGUCAAUAACCAGCACUUGGUAUUGGCUCAUGAUUCAAUUGUACCACCAAUUACAAUCAAAUUGCCAGAGUGUCUCAAUUUUCGAAACCCGACGGGAUUGAGUUCACUAGAGCAAAUUGGCCGCCUGUUGACUUACGAGUAUAUACUCAAGUGGUCCUUGAUGAAUUUCUAUAAUCCUAAUUUGAUGUGGGACAAAUUUGUCAAGAGUUGCCGAGGUUUACAAUUUAUGCAAUUGGAUAAGUCGGCAACAAUAUUGUUUCAAGGUUUGCAACCAUUGAAUGUAUUUAUCGCCAUGGUCUAUAUAGAGGACAAGGAUUACGAAUAUGCCAUUUUGAAGUUCCUCAAACUGUUUGCAACCAAUCACAAACUUGAUACCAAAUUUUCCACAGAAUUGUUGAUUGACAAAUAUAAGCCAGACUUAGAUGCUUAUUUGCAACAAUUUCCAGCGCCAAUUGAUUUCAACAAAUUUUCACAGGUAUUUAGGCCUCCAUUGUUGCAUUCAUUGCCAAUAAAAUUACCACCGUUGCCCAAAUUUCAUAAUCAAGAACUAUACAAAAUGGUCCAAAUCUCGUUAAUUUCACUGCAAUUUAUGGCAAAAUCAAACAAACUUGGAGUCUUGAAUUUCCUCCGGAAACGCUUGGAUAGAUUGGGGGAUGCUAUACUCAAACGCUAUUCAGUUGAAUACAUGGUUCACCAUUGUAAAACUAACCCCAGGUUCAGAUGGAAUAUGGAUGACGUAAGCUUCAUCAACACGAACAUUGUAUUCAGCAGUUUAUCAUUUGCUUACAAGUUACAUCAGACAAUAAAUGAUGCUGAAAUCCAAGCAAAUAUGGAUCGCCUUAUCACCAGUAGUGACCUAAACACUGCAAAUGAGUUAUUAGGCGACAUGUUUGAAAGAAUGGUGGCCAUUGAAUACUUGGAUAAUCCUGACAUGUGUCGAACUUGGAUUUUCAAGAUGUACGAUGCAAUUCUUGACAACUUGACCAAGGAGAAAGACGGGAUUGAGUUUAUUGAUAAGGAAAAAUAUGUCAAGCUUUAUGAGCAUCAUUUGAAAACGAAAACAUUGUAUUAG